CGAUUGCUUUCUCGGCAAGUAUGUUUGGAAGUUUUUUCGGCAAGUAGAUUUAGGAGAAAUACGGUUUCUGUUUCUGAUUUUCUCACAAACGGUUAUUUGAUCAUCUAUAAAUUCUGUUGCUCACAGUUAAUCAAAGCGCCUUUCUCCUAUUAUCCGUUUCUAACAAUCGCGACUCUCAAGUCUAAUAGAAAUAGUACAACAUCACAGUCACGAUUUCAUUCCGAUAAUCUGGGACUGAUCAAAACGUAGAAAAAGAGGAGGAAGAUGAAGAUAAUGGUAAAGGAAGGCUGUUGGACGAAUACAGAGGAUGAGAUCCUCAGGGCUGCUCUUUCGAAAUAUGGAACCAACCAAUGGACUCGUAUCUCUUCAUUACUCGUUCAUAAAUCCGCUACGCAGUGUAAAGCGCGUUGGUAUGAGUGGCUUCAUCCCUCCAUUACAAAGAUUGAAUGGACCAGAGAAGAAGAAGAGAAGCUGCUCCAUCUUACUAAGCUCAUGCCCUCUCAAUGGAGAACAAUCGCUCCUAUUGUGGGACGCACUCCAUCACAGUGCCUCGAACAUUACGAGAAACUUCUAGAUGAAAACUAUGAACCAAGAAAAUUAAAACCCGGAGAGAUCGACCCAAACCCAGAAUCAAAACCCGCGCGACCCGACCCAGUUGACAUGGAUGAAGAUGAAAAACAAAUGCUUUUAGAAGCACGGGCUCGUUUUUCCAAUACCAAAGGGAAAAAGGCCAAAAGGAAGAGCCGGGAAAAGCAGCUUGCAGAAGCUAGUCUUUUUGCUUCUUUGCAAAAAAGGAGAGAAUUGAAGGCAGCUGGAAUCGAUAACCGGAAUUGGAAUGGGAAAAGGAAUGGAAUCGACUACAAUGCUGAGAUUCCAUUUGAGAGAAGGCCGCCACUUGGAUUUUAUGAUGUUGCUGGUGAAAGUUUGUUGAUUGGUGAACAACCUAAUAAAUUCCCGACCACGAUUGAGGAAAUUGAAGGUGAAAGAAGGGUCGAUAAAGAGGCGCGUUUGAGAAAACAGGACAUUGAAAGGAACAAAAUAGCACAAAGGAAAGACGCUCCAUCAGCUAUAAACAAACUAAAUGAUUUGGAAUCCGUUAGAAAAAGGCCGAAAAUGAAUCUCCCGACACCACGCAUUUCAGAUUAUGAAUUACAAAAUAUCGCAAAAAUGGGUCUUCAAGAUUUGAGCCAUGGAUUUUCAUCUUUUUAAUUGUAAUGUCUCAUGAUUAUGAUUGCAAGUUCAUACUGUAAUUAGGGAUUGUUGCGAAUGCUUUGCACAUAUUAGAAGGGGAUAAUAUGAUUAUGUAGGCAGUUUUAUUAAAUCCAAA